AUGGACGGAACUUGUUUUGAUGCCCCGCACAGUGUCUCAAGCUCACUUGUCAAGUCUCACAAGAGCGAUGAUAGCCAGGGGCAUCUCAUCGAACCUUACCACGGGAACACGCCUGAGGAAGCGCCUGCUGUCUGCAGCACCCAAAACACCUUGAAGAAAUUCGUCUCUCCCGUCACUCUGGGUACACGGCUAUUGGCUGCAGAUGGCAAUGAGACACGUGCAGCGGCUCGGAAGCCCAUUGUCAGACGUUUAUUUCCCAGCGCAGUUCGCGACCGCUCGCCUAUCAUAGGGCUCUCGUCAAACACACUACUCAGGACAUGCUUUCGGAUCGGCGAGGCGAUCAACCAAAGCUCGCAAGCAGCCAAGUCGGGACAGCACGUGAUGAUUGAGCUGUACGCGCGAGUGCUUGCCUCGGAGCGGACGGAGAAGCAGCAGUAUUUUACUUUUUGCGAUGUGUUCCACGCCAAGCCCCCGUACAUCCAGGGCGUGUAUGAUGCAGCCAUGUGGAAAGCGGUGCAGCUGUUUGAGUAUGACGGCCGGCGGCUGCUGCAGCCAGGGCGUAUGUGCCGGUGCAUUGGCACCAUGAGGCGCAACGGCAGGGAGCGCAUCAUGGCUGUCCACAACAUAUGGGAGGCAACAUGGGAGGACAUUCAAUGGGUAGCGGGCAUCGUGGGCUCUUAG